UGGUAAGCCUGUCAUUGAUCACUUAAUCCUACAUAAUCCCUCCAAGUCUCUCGCCCCCUAAGCUAAAAAAUACUCGGAACCAACCAUUAAAAAAAAAGGAAUUUUUAUCAUCUUUUCGUUCUAAAACUUCCCCCUUAACAGUCUAUGCAGUGAGUGAUGGGUGGGGUGACAUCCUCCAUGGCUGCUAAAUUUGCCUUUUUCCCACCAAACCCUCCUUCAUAUAGGCUAAUUACCGACGUUACCACUGGCCUCUUGCUCAUGGACUCAUACCCUCGCCGUGAAAACACCGACGUUUUACGCUUGCCCACUCGUCGUGGCACUGAGAUCGCCGCCGUCUAUGUCAGGUAUCCCAUGGCCACUACUACUCUUUUGUACUCUCAUGGUAAUGCAACUGAUAUCGGCCAGAUGUACGAGCUCUUCCUCGAACUGAGUAUUCACUUGCGUGUUAAUCUCAUGGGAUAUGACUACUCUGGCUAUGGGCAGUCAUCUGGAAAGCCCAGUGAGCAGAAUACUUAUGCAGAUAUUGAAGCUGCAUACAGGUGUCUAGAAGAGAGCUAUGGUGCUAAGCAGGAAGACAUUAUCCUUUAUGGUCAGUCUGUUGGAAGUGGACCUACUCUGGAUCUUGCAGCCCGUUUACCUCAGCUAAGAGCUGUUGUUCUGCAUAGUCCUAUACUUUCUGGAUUAAGAGUUAUGUAUCCAGUAAAGCGCACUUACUGGUUUGACAUCUAUAAGAACAUUGAUAAAAUUCCGCUUGUAAAGUGCCCUGUACUGAUUAUUCAUGGUACUUCUGAUGAGGUGGUUGAUUGCUCUCAUGGAAAGCAACUUUGGGAACUAUGCCAAGAGAAGUAUGAACCCCUGUGGCUUAAAGGAGGAAACCACUGUGAUCUGGAACUCUUUCCAGAAUACCUUAGGCACCUCAAGAAAUUUAUAACCAGUGUUGAAAAAUCAACUUCACAAAGGAGCAAUUCCCGUAGGAGCGUUGAUCAGCUUGAACAUUCCAGACAAAGUACAGAUUGUUUCGAAGCACCAAGGAAGAGUACUGAUCACAGAGAAAAACCAAGAAAAAGCACAGGCAGGCCUGAAAAACUGAGACUUUAUGAGUACAAAUUUAACAAUAAUGACAAGCUAGAAAAGUUAAGAAUCUCUUUGGACCAUAUGGAUAGGUCCCGGAGAAGCGUGGAAUACCAUGAUAAAUCUAGGAGAAGCAUUGAUCAACAAUUAGAAAGAGCCCGGAAGAGUGUGGACUGGCUGGAUCGAAUUCGAGCUGGUUAAGCAUUUCAUGUCAUUUAUAAACUUUUUAGACCAAUUGAGUUUGUUAUGGAGAGAUGGAGACAUGAAGAAAAAAUGGGGAAAAAUAUUUGGGUUUAGACAAUUUUAACUUAAUGAAUAUUACACAAUGUGUAUUCGGAACAAUGUCCUGACUUGUAAUUUGUAGAGUUCCAUAUAUUGGGAUUCAACGUCCUUUAUUGUUAAUGAAGCAACCCCUAACUUGUCUGAUCCAA